UUCUUCUUGACUUGGCACACCAGAUACACUCACACACUAAAUUAAAUCAAAGGACCAGCCAUUUGCCCCUAUGGACUGAGAGUUUGACUAACAGAGACAAUUGCAGGUCACUUCUCUAAACCAUGGGAAAGAAAAAAAGAGGAUUCUGCAGGGUCCCGACUUGUGAGCACAUAUUGAAGAUUAGAGACACUCUGAUCAUAACACUGAUCAGUUUCCUCGUUUGUCAACAUUCACGUCCCCAUCACAGUUCAGGCCACGCUUCAUGCAACAUCCCUCUGUAACUUGCUGAUUGUAUUCAUCUCCAGCCCCUCCAUCCCUAAAAGAGAAAUUAGCCAUAGCGAGGAUCUGAGAAAUUCUGAGGUCAAGCUCCCCCCAAGUUAAGGUUUUAAAUGUUUUUUUUUGUUUUUUUCUAAUUUUAUUAAUUCAGUAACUGUUCAUUAAUAUUUUCUAAAACAAUGUAUUUGCUGUUUCUUAUCUCUCUCUACACUGCAAGCAAUACGAAUCUGAUGGGAAAGUCAAAGUGCUUAAUUUUUUGUUUAACUGUAAGUAGACAAGUUAUUAUAUUAAUUCUAGAAAUACUGGAAAAUAACCCCUGUCUGUAAGUUUAUUUUGAUUUUACACUAUUAUGUCUCUUUAAAUCAUUCCAAGAGAAAAAAAAACCCCACAAGACUCAAUGGAAGGGAUAAACACACACAUCAUCCUAACAACAUCCCACAAUAAUGUUACACAUCUCCAUCUAAAAAGAUCCAGUUUUGUCUUCCCACAGGCAGCAGCGUACCUGCCACUCAUCUGGAGCCUCUGGACUUGUAUUGGCCUGUGGUUGUUGAGGAACAGGGUGGCCCCGCCCUCCUCCAGAUGUGCGCCUCUCUCCUGUCUCUCCAGUCCGCUGCUGGCUUCAGCAGAGUGCGGAGCCUCAGGAAGUCAACAGGAGGGCACGGAUAGUCACACUUCAAGUAUAAACAACGAGGAACUAAAUCCCUUAUCCCUGGUCUGCACCAGCCAGAUCUUACUCGAUCUAAUGAGUCGUGACUUUGUCGGUGUAGCCCUUGAGGAGGAAUCCCCCCCCGCCCCCCGGGUUGGUUUUGUUUUACCUGGCCAGCCUGAGACGCAGCGCUGAUGGAGAGAGGCAGGGCUGAGUGCGGUGCCAGUCCGGAGCGCUGUUGAGCAGAGAGCGCAGAGCAGCCUCUGCUGACAGGGAGCGGUCUGCUGCUUUCUCGCAAGACCUGUGUGAAAUCUUAGUUUAUUUUAUACAAGUGAUUCGAGGAUUUUUCUGGAAAAAGAAAACAAAAACCAUCUUGGAUUUUUUUUUUUUUUUUUUUGUCUCUUGGCGACGGAAUUGGGAUGUAACCGGUUUCCACAUGUGUUUGGAAGUGGCGUGAGGUUUCGUCCAGACUGAGAAGAGCCAACUGCAGGGGCGUUGUGGUUAAUUGAAAUCGAUCCGGUGGUCUCUUUUUGAAUGUGAAGCAGCAGCAAAGGUUCUUUCUCCUCUCCUCUCCUCUCCUCUCCUCUCCUCUCCUCUCCUGUCCUCUCCUCUCCCCCCUUCUUUCACCUCCAACAUGACUUCACUGUCGGGGACCAAGGAGAGGUCUGUGAGCAGCCGGAGCAGAAAAUAUGGGAUGCCCGACACUUCCCCUACCAAAUCUGCCUCCUUCUUCCCGGACACAUGGUACCGAAAGCCCUACGAGGAAACCACGCGUUCCAGCACACGCCCCGCCCCAGAGGGAGCCGGCUCAAUGCCAAGCUCCACAGGCACCCCGUCCCCAGGCUCAGGAAUCUCCUCACCGGGUUCAUUCUCUGGAUCCCCGGGGACCAUCUCUCCGGGGAUUGGGACAGAAUCUCCCGGUUCUCUGGGUGGCUCCCCGGGUUUUGGGACAGGAUCACCGGCCUCAGGCAGUGGAAGUUCCCCUGGUAGUGAAAGAGGGAUAUGGUGUGAGAACUGCAAUGCAAGACUGACAGAGCUGAAAAGACAAGCACUGAAACUGCUCAUCCCUGGACCUUACUCCAGCAAGGAUCCCUCCUUCUCUCUCCUUCUUCAUGAUAAGCUUCAGGUGCCCAACAGUUCUCGGCGGGCGUGGAAUGAACGUGACAGUCGCUGUGAUGUCUGCGCCACUCACCUCACUCAGCUCAAACAGGAAGCUGUGCGCAUGGUCCUCACUCUCGACCAGUGGGAUUUGUCUCCCACCUCUUCCCCUACGGCCCUGAUUGGACGAUAUGGAUCUCAAGGACUUCCCAGUUCAAUGGGAGCAUCUGGAGCACCAGGAGGUCCUGGGUCACGGGAGUGGCCUCCUCCUUUUAUCCCUUCCUCCUCAUCUUCAGCUGCUGCUGCCGUUUCACAUCCUCCUCACCCAUCCUCCCAGUCGCCCUCCCCAAGCCCCAGCCAGACCCCAACGCCCAGCCCGAGCCAUGGACCAUCCAACCCCAGCCAUGGAAGUCCCUCGGUGGGGCAAACAUCCAGCUGUGCUACCACAAACCCACAACCUCAAGGCCUAGGGCACAGGCUGGGGUCCAAGCCCAGCUCCCUGGGGCUUGGAGGUGGGAUGGACAGAAGGAAUGGGUCCCCAAGUUCAGCAAAAGCUGGUGCCCAACAGCAACCAGCGGCUGCAGUAAAGAGCCCUGGCAAUAAUAGUGGUAACAGCAGUAAUAAUGGGAGUGGAGCAGUACUGAGCACAGCAGCUCUGCAGGCCCAUCAGCACCUGAACCGGACUAAUGGAGGAGUUACACUGUAUCCGUACCAGCCUGAAAGGCCAGGCUCUAUCUCUCUCUUCCUCCAGUCUACUGCAAUCUCCCAGAUGGUCUCUGAGGCCUCCAGAGAAGGUUUGACUGAAUCUGCCCUGAACCGCUACAACACACACUCUCCUUCACACACAAAUUCAACAUCACACACAAACUCUCCCUCUCACACUCCGGCUGUAACCACGACGGCACCUACCACCACCUCUGCUGCUGCCUCCUUCUUUGCCAGAGCUGCACAAAAAUUGAACUUAGCGUCAAAGAAGAAGAAGCAGAAGACCACUGCAGUCACAGCCCCAGUGACAUCAUCAUCACCGUCAUGUGACCCCCCUCUGUUCCCCACCAAUUUUAGCGCGGCCUUGUUGAUGGCCCCACCCCCGGCUCCACCCUGCCUUCUCCGUGCAGCCAACAAAAUCAAGGAUACCCCUGGGCUUGGAAAGGUGAAAGUGAUGGUGCGUGUGUGCCCAGUGUCUCAGUCGGAUGCAGCUGAGUCCAGUUCCUUCCUUAAAGUGGAUCCCAGGAAGAAACAAAUCACCAUCAUGGACCCCUCAGCCAAUCAGACACCAAGCGCUGCCUCCCAGAAAAAAGCAGGAGCCAAUCAGGUCCCUCCAAAGAUGUUCACCUUUGAUGCUGCAUUUGCUCCUGAUGCAUCACAGGCGGAGGUGUGUGCGGGAACGGUUGCCGAGGUGAUUCAGUCGGUGGUGAAUGGAGCAGAUGGCUGUGUCUUCUGCUUUGGACACUCCAAGCUCGGUAAAUCCUACACAAUGAUUGGUCGUGAUGACUCUCUUCAGACUCUGGGUAUUAUCCCCUGUGCCAUCUCCUGGUUGUUUAAGCUCAUCAACGAGAGGAAGGAGAAAACAGGAGCGCGCUUCUCCGUUCGUGUCUCUGCAGUUGAGGUUUGGGGAAAAGAGGAGAAUCUUAAGGACUUGCUGUCUGAAGUAGCUACAGGCAGUUUACAGGAUGGACAGUCACCUGGAGUCUACCUGUGUGAGGACCCCAUCUGUGGCAUGCAGCUCCAAAACCAGUCUGAACUGCGUGCUCCAACCCCAGAGAAAGCUACCUGGUUCCUUGAUGCAGCUAUAGCUGCUCGCCACAGUAGCCAAAGCCCCAACCCCACUGAAGAAGAACAUAGGAACUCACACAUGCUGUUUACAUUACACAUAUACCAGUAUCGCAUGGAAAAGACAGGCAAAGGAGGGAUGUCAGGAGGUCGCAGUCGCCUCCACCUGCUGGACCUUGGCAGCUGUGAUGUCAAAGUACUUGGAGGAGGAGGAGGAGGAGGAGGAGGAGGUGCAGGAGGUGCAGUAGGUGGUAAAAGCAGGGAUAACUCUUCACCCAGUUCGGCCCCUCUGUGCCUUUCUCUGUCUGCCCUUGGCAACGUGAUCCUGGCCCUGGUCAACGGGAGCAAGCACAUCCCAUACAAGGACAGCAAGCUGACCAUGUUGCUAAGGGAGUCGCUAGGCAACAUGAACUGCCGGACCACCAUGAUUGCUCACAUCUCUGCCUCACCCAGAGAUUUCUCAGAAACCCUUUCCACCAUCCAGAUUGCUUCCCGCGUCCUCCGCAUGAAAAAGAAGAAAACUAAAGUCACCGUGCAAUAUACCUCCAGCUCCUCUGGAGGAGAGAGCUCCUGUGAGGAGGGUCGUAUGCGUCGUCCUACCCACCUGCGACCUUUCCAUCACCGUGGUGACACUGACUCUGACCUCCCAUUGCUGCGACUGUCCAGUGACCCUGACGAAUACUCGAGCAGCGAGCAGUCAUGUGACACGGUGAUCUACGUGGGCCCGAACGGUGCUGCGGUGUCAGAUAGAGAGCUGACGGACAAUGAGGGACCACCAGAAUUUGUACCAAUUAUUCCGGCUUUGCUUCGAGGUAAACCGUCAGAGCAGCAGCAAACACAAAGUCAGGCAGCUGGAGUCCAGAACAAGGUGCAGUCUCAGCCAGAGGACCAGCCCAGUGGCCCCGUUCAGUCCCUCCCUCAGCCCUCUCAAUCACUACUUGGACAGCCAUUGGCCCCAGUCCCAGAGGAGGGAGCUGAGUGCCUAAAGUGCAACACCUUUGCUGAGCUGCAGGAGAGACUGGACUGCAUUGAUGGCAGCGAGGAGGUGGCAAAGUUCCCCUUUGAAGAGGUUCCAGCCAGCAAACAAGGUGCCAAACAAGAGCCAUGUCCAUCUUCAGCCAUCCCAACCUCAGCUCCUUCUGCUCCUGGCUCUGCUGCUAUGUUGGAUACAGAAACCAAAACAGGCUCUGCAUGUGCUGUAGGAGGUGCAGUGCAGUCCUUCUCCUCCUCAGCAGCAGCAGCAGCAGCAGCAACCUCCAGGAGGAGGACCAAUGACCAGCAGCUGCAGGAGAUCAAGGAAGUGGUGGAGGAGGCGGAGCUGGCCCAGACAAUGAUCCACAAUCUAGCUCAGAGUUCUGGUUCACCCAUAGUUACGAGUGCCAGGAGUGUUACAGGAAGUAGCAGCAUCACCUCUAACCCCCUGCACAGGGGCAAGAGCUCCCACCUGAAUGACAGCCGCGAGAGUUUGAAUGCGGCCAGUAACACCGACGGGAAGGCACGCCCACUAGGAUCACCACGCCUUGGCAUUGCCAGCCUGACCAAAACCUCAGACUACAGGCCUCCGUCCUCUCCCUCCCAGCGGUGUAAAGUCUACACACAGAAGGGCGUGAUGCCAGCAACACCCCCUCUGUCCUCAUACACUCUGGCUCAAGACGGCCAGGCCACAGAAGCUUUGACCUCAGACAACAGUUUGGCUGCAGACAGCGGCCGCUCCUCCACAGAGUCCCUGCUGUCCAGGACUUCUCCGGUGGGCAUGAGCCCACAAGUCAGAGAGCCAACUCCAUCUCUGUCUGCCAGCCUGGGCUCAGCUGAGACUCUCUGUGACGACGAUGUCCCCCCGAUACCAUUGGACACGCACAGGGAUGGACCAGCAGUAUCUGUCGAAACAGUCAGUCCUCAUUCACUUGGGGAGGAUGAACUGGUAUACACUGUGGCUUCUGGAGGUGUGGAGAACCUUGAUCUUACAGCUCUCAUGGAAACUCAGGGCCUGACCUGUCGUCCAACAAGCAUCAUCAGCUUCAACAGCGACCGCUGCUCUGUCACUGCCUUAACCUCGAGCUCUCAAGCUGUCAGCAUCAUCAGUGGUAUUGCUGAGGAUGGAACUGUGGGGGAUUAUCACAUGCAUGCAGGCCCUGCAACAAGCUCAGGGGUUACAGAGGUUGUUGCCAUGGCAGAGGUGGCCAUGGCCAAGCUGCGGAUGGAAGGUGAAGCCUUAGCCACAGUAAUGUCUAACUGUGGUUCACCCAUCUCCUCUUGGAUGAGUGAUCUUAGUGUGGGCAGUGAAGCUGACCAGUCUCUCCACAGCUUCAGUCAGUCCCAGAGCCAGCAAGGGGAGGCCCUGGCUGAACCUGAACCUAACCAGAGCCUUCCCUUUGGAGUGGAGGGGUUGGGUGGUUAUGAAAGCUGUGGUAGUCCGAGAAGAGGGAGUCUGGAAGGGGAGGUGGUGCUGUCAGUAAACAAGAGCGACAAGGGAACUCCAACCAAAGACAGGCUAAGGAAACUGCCUCCCUCCAUGGCUAAAACUAACAUCCAAAUCCUGGCUGGACCUGGUAACUUCUCUCCCUUCAAGACCACCAUCAGUGUGCACCCAUGUGUGGCUGUCAAACCCAUGGUUUUACAGGAACCAACAAUCCUCUCGUCACCUACCAAGACCAGCUUCAUGAAAGACCAUGGCAAGUUUAACGCACCACUUUUAGCUUCUAUUUCCAGUGAGAUGAGCUUUGAGGACCCCUGGUUGAAGCGAGGCAUGGAGGAGGGGAGGUCCAGGGAGCUUGUGUGUGAAGUGAAGCCAGGGAAGAGGGAGGUGGAGCAUUCAAAGAGCCAGGCUGGAGCUGGGACCAGGGACCACCAGAGCUUCUGCCAGGAUGGUGGAGAUCAUGGCAGCUCUAGUUCAGGUGGUGAGGUUGUGUCAUCUCCAGAUUCCUUUAAGAGAGUGGUGGAUAGCUGUGAGAUGGUUGCGGUUGUUGCCCAGGGAGAAUACCUGACUAGUAUGUACAGCCCAGAUAUCCACCGCACUGCCAGUCUUCCCCGCGGCUGGCACCGUCUCAACCGUCACGAUGGCUUAGACAAUGGAGUUGAGUAUCGUAAUCUUGGCGUCACCACUUCAACUCCCUGCAGCCCUCGCGCCACACUUGACCGCCGGGGAUCAACUGGAAAACAGGGCAUUUUCUCCCACAAGAAGGGGGGAAUACCACCUCUGCCACCAGUACGGAAGUCCAGCCUCGACCAGCGGAACAGGGCAGCCAGCCCUCUCCACCAGCUCAACCACGGAAUCUCAUUACUGGGCAGCUCAACAGAUGCUGCAGGGAUAUCUGGAUGUGGCCCCGCAGGUGUCAGCAGACAACGAGGCUCCAGCAUAGACAGCAGCAGACUUUUCAGUGCCAAGUUGGAACAGCUUGCAAACAGAACCAACUCUCUGGGUCGGGUCCACACCUCCCACAGUGGUUCGCACCACUACGACUGCUUCUCUCUGGAGAGGGGUGGCAGCCUGAGAGGGGGAGGAGGAGUGAGGGGGGACAGCACCAUGCCUCGUACUGGGCGCAGCCUCACCCGUGCUGGAUCAGUAUCUUCUCCUACAGGAAACAACAGCAGCCCCAGUUUCAACACCAGUCCCGGGCCAAGCAGUGCUCCACAGUCACCAGCCAAAACCAGCAGCCAGUCAAAGAUCUCAGCAGUUAGUAAGCUGCUGAUGACCAGCAGUCCCAAGACCAGAAGUCUGUCUGCCUCCAGCACCAAGACUCUGAGCUUCUCCAACAAGUCCUUAAGCCAAGCUUCCAGUCGCAGCUCCAGCCUUCCUCCAAAUGGAAAGCCCCAGAGUUCAGUCCAGGGCCCUCUGCAGCAGCAAGGACCUUCCCCUGUAACCUGGUCUACCCAGUCUUUGAGCCGCAGUCGAGGGGGAAGCCUGGCUGCCAAGCUGCCUCUCCGGGCUGUCAACGGUCGAAUCUCAGAACUCCUCCAGGGAAGUGCAGGCUCCCGUACUAGGAGUCAUUCCCAGGGAGGAGGCACAGAUCUAGCAGAGGAAAGAGGAGUUGGAGGGGCAAGUGGAGGAGGAGCUGGAGCAGGAGGUGGUGGUGGAGGUGCCCUGGGAGAGGAGAAGGCAGCAGUGGUCCAAACUCUCCCCUCUCCCUACAGCAAGAUCACAGCUCCUAGAAAACCACACCGCUGCAGCAGCGGCCAUGCAAGUGACAACAGCAGUGUACUGAGUGGUGAGCUCCCCCCGGCCAUGGGGAAGACGGCCUUGUUUUACCACAGUGGGGGCAGCAGUGGCUAUGAGAGCAUGCUGAGAGACAGCAGCGAGAACACCGGAAGUACCUCCUCCGCUCAGGACUCUCUCAGUGAGCAUAGUUCAGCCACCACCUCCUCCAGACGGAGCUCCAAGAGCAGCAAGAAGAGCAGGAGCAACACAGGCCUCCAGCGUCGUCGUCUGAUCCCAGCACUGACCUUGGACUCUUCCACCUCCUCCCCUUCUCACCGCUCCUCCAAACAGACCAUCACUUCCUCUUCUUCCUCUUCCUCCAGCCCAGGUGCAUGCUGGGUAGAUGGCCCAUUAGGGCCCCCAGCUCCCUCAAACCUCCGGGCAGUGACUGCAACGACAGACACCUUUGAGAUCAAAGUGUACGAGAUAGAUGACGUCGAGCGUCUGCAGAAGAGGAGAGACAAAGGAGGGAGCAAGGAGGUGGUGUAUGUCAGUGCCAAGCUCCGCCUGUUGGAGCAUCGUCAGCAGAGAAUUAGUGAAGUCAGAGCCAAGUACCAGUGUCUGAAGAAGGAGCUGGAACAAACCAAACAGUACCUGAUGCUGGAGCCACACAAAUGGACCACCGAGUUUGAGCUACAGCAGGCCUACGAAGUGGACUCUCUGGAGUAUUUGGAAGCUCUGGAGACUGUGACAGACAAACUGGAGACCAGAGUCAACUUCUGCAAAGCCCACCUCAUGAUGAUCACCUGCUUUGACGUGUCCUCCAGACACCGGUAGACAGAUGGAAGGACGGAGGGCUGGAGGACGGAGAGGCAGACACACAGCUGGACACAAUUAGAUGUCAACAUUUGGACUUUUUGCCCCCUGAUUAAUCAAAGACCUUUAGAAAGUAUCUCCUAAACUAAUACAUCUCAUUGGAUGGAUGGAUAGUUGGGAGACAGGGAUGGACUGACUUGAUCCUGCAUGUCAUCCUCCAAAUGUAAGUAGGCAGAAGGACAGAUGGAUGCAGAGAUGAAGGGAUAAAAGGAAUGGAGAUCUAUACAGAUAUCUAACAAGCCAACAAGCAGAUAAGUCCGUAGUUUUUUUUUUCUUGGGGGCUUGGACACAAACUCAGAAGCAGACAUUAAUCAGCAUCUAAUGGAUGGGCUUUGAGUCUGAAAAGAAACAUCAAACAUACCACACAGUUUCCAGAUAAGUGAAUAAUUGGACUGCUGAGACACCUCUGAGACUGAGUCUGAGCAGAAGAAAGGAGUGGAGAGAGAGGAACACAAACUGCCAUUUUUUAAACAAAAAGGAUAAAGAAAAAGUGUAGGAGAGGAGAAGAACGAUUUCCCAUCUCCUAUCGUUUUAGGAGAGCACUUGUUAGAGUUUACGAAGUCGAGAGCUGUUGGCAGAGUGCUCGCUACAGAAUGGCCUGGUAUUGUUGUUCAGUUAAUAAAAGAGACUGACCAAGAGAAAGACAGGAGGACAAAGAUAAAUGAUUUAGAUAAGUGCCUUGUGAACAUUUCAACAAUACCAAGACCGAUUCUCUUUCUCUCUGAAUUUGUGUACUUGCAGUAAGUAUGGUGCUAGCAUAGAAAUAUAAAAAACCACAAAAGAUCAGUGUCCUUGGAAAAUCUUUGAAUUUAUAGCCAUUUCUAAAUGUGAUGUUUUACUGUGGGUCAAUGUUUCACUAUAUCAUAAACAACUAAUACUGUAUGUUUGAAUGGUCUUUGGUACAGUGAGGAGAUAAGAGAUUUUUAACUGGAUCCCUAACUAAAAAUGUUAAAGAAGACCUACGGAACAUGGAGACUAACACCAAGUUCCCCUUAAAACAACAAACCUUGGCAAGGACCAAAAGUCAGAUUUGAAAAACACACCCGAUUUUUCCAGGACACAGAGUUAUGUGUGUUUAAAACAAAGAAAAAAAGCACUAACUCUAGUUUGUUGUGGUGGUUGUUUUUACCUUGACUUCACUCACAUACAGAGCACAUCUGAAUUUUGACCCUCUGAGGCAUACAUACAUUUCCCCUGAUACAGAUGUGAUGGCUUUUUCAUGUUCACAAAGCAAUGAAACGUCUGAGUCACACAAGAGUUGAAAUGAAAAUGUUUUUUCUCUGAUCCAGUGUGAAGUACAUCCAUCGAUUGACUUGACGGACUGUCAGACUGACUGACAGUUAUUCUGUAUGUUAUUUGUAUCUGUGUUGUUCUGCUCUAUUCUAAAAGAAACUGAAUGAUUUGUCAAUGUGUGUGUUUUAUAAUAAGGUAUCCUUUUUUAUUUGAGUGCAAUGGGACCACGUAGAGACUAUGUAUGAUAGUAGGCUCAUGGAAAUAGAUUAAAGAGAUAUUUAAGAGUAAACUGUAAGGAGGACACAGGUACAAGAUAAGCUCAUUGAUAUACAGUGUUAAAGGCCUGUAUUAUUGGCACAAAGUAGUGAAUUUAGACUGGAAAUACUUAUUUGGGACUUCAAUUAUGCUUACAAAUGGGCUACUUACAGUAAAUAGUUCCAGUAUAGUCUUUUACUGAAAGGACACAGACGUUAUAAAGGAACAACUAAAAUAUAUAUAUUUAAAGGAAUGAAAGAGAACUAAAGAAAGAAAAGGAUGAUGACCAAAUUAAGAGGAAAAGAUCUCUUCCUGGUUCCAUUUUUUUUGGAUGGAUAGCAACACUUAUGAUUUGUUAAUAUUAUUAUCUAUGGUGCUUGAGAUGUUUAUGAUCUAAAUGUUUGUACAAAUAUAAAUAUAUGAAAGAGCCUGUUUCCCUCUGACAUUCAGAACAAUACCCUUCGAAUGCUUCUUCUAUAUUGCCGUCAUCACGUCUGUCACCACCCUCUCCUCUGAAUGCCUUUUCCGCAGCAAGCAGAGAGCAUUCUGGGAGAUCCUGUUAGUUGUCUGAGAGGUAAAAUGAGGAACAGACACCAACUGUAAUGAUAUUGGUGUGAUUUGUCAAAAGCAUCGUAGUGCUAAAUUUAUCUUUAUCCUAACAGAGCAAACUCAGUUCUUAUCUUUUCCACUGGAGUGGCAGCAGGAAAUAGGCAGGAAAUGACUUUAAAUGUUUUAAACGUCUCCUGGUUGACUGUAAAGAGGUGACAGUCAUUCAUUGUGUGUGGCGUACACCUGCAGUGUCAGCCACGGAAAAUUACCCCUGAAACUAAGAUGUUUUUGACAGACUGGACCAAUGAAGCAUUUUCACAGGAGACAGACAAAGUAGCCGUGUGACAUCGCUGAUCGUUUAAGUUCACCGUGCCAGUCAUGAAUGAAGGUUUAUUUAUUUGAGCUCAGGAGAGCAGAGUCGCUUAUUAUUAUGUUCUUAUUUAUUUACACCUUCUGAUCUUAAAAGUUACUAUGCAUUUAAGAAAAAGAAAAAAAUAACUGUACAUAUUUUGCUGAGCCCAUGUCAUAUAUAAAUAUAUAUACUGUACACAUAUCAUAUAUACGCUCAUUUUUAUUUUAUAUAUUUUCUGUUUCUAUUUCAUUUGCUCCUGUUGUUCGUGUUGGAGAUUGUAAUGGGUUUGGGUUUCCUAAAACAUUCACAUCCAGGGUGGUUAAUGUGGUUCAAGGAAGGUAUUCGAUUGAAUACAGACCAGACUUUUUUUUUUUUUUUUUACAUGUGAUGAGGAAAACAGUUGAGUAUGGAGACAACAGUGUUGUUCAGUAAAAUGCCAGUAUAUUCGACACAACCAUGUGUAAUUAGCAGUGGAUGUUUUGGGAACCCCAACCUCCGAAUGAGCUAAACGGCCUGUACUUGUUUCCAGAUUUCAGAUGCUAUGUGUGUCACUGCCAAAUCUACUGUGGUAGCGCUUUAUAAUUCUAGCAAUAAUUGUGACAAACACUCAAGGUUUUGGUGGCCCCAUAUUGUUUAAAAUAGUCCAUGUAAACUUUUCAGGAAUUAGCAAGCAUGCUAAAAGGGAUGCACUCACUUGUCUGGUGCUUUAAAUAAAACUAUUCACCGUUGUAUCAGGUUGGAGAGCAAAAAAAAACACAGUCUAAUGAACAAAUUGACGUAUGUGCUGUUACGUGUUUUUAGAAUUAUAAUGUGUUAUCUGGAAAUCUGACACAUAGCAUCUUUAAGUUCUUAAGGAGUAUUGAAUAGUCUGGGUCAGACCACAUUUUCCAAAAGCAGAUUAUAUCAGUUGUAGUAAGACAACUUCUGAUCAGUUGUAAGACAGUGGUUGCAAAAUCUCUACAUACCUGAUUAAAACAAGUUUGAAUGUGUCAGAGUGCCAAUCUGUUAAUUAAAAGAAUGAGUUAAUUAGGGUUACGACACGUCAUCAGUGCAAACCAGAGAAGUGUGAGAGUUUCACUGUGUGUGUCGUCUCCAUGAUUCAAGACUGCAAUCACCACGUCCUCUGCAGAUUUACUGUUUUGGAGAAAUGUGGUCCGACACAUGGUGUUGAUGGAAGAGCAAGAUGGAGGGAUGUAAAUAAAGAAAUGUAUUGAAAGAG